UUGCGUGCCGUCCGGGGAAACAAGCUUUCGGUUACUGUUUCUGAUCGGAACGGCUCGAACGAUGGGAGGGGCUGGAAGCCAGACUCGCCCCCUGGAUGCUGCUGCGGUAGCAUUCAGAGCCCACUACGAGCUGCAUGGCUGCGUGUUUGGCACAGUGCGCGCUAGGACCUGAGAAAUAGAGACCCACCGAGCUAGACUGUGAUAUCUCGGGACCGAUGGGAGGAUUCUCAGACCAUCCUGAGGUCAUCGAGCUUUGGUACUAGCGGGGUCAGCGACGUGUAGUCCAAACCGAGACCGUAUCCUCGGUCCUGAGAAUAGCGAGGCAACGCUCAAACUCACAAGGCUGUCCUGGUCAGAGUGUGACUCCCAGGGAGGAGCUUAGGCGGAAGCUCUCUUGUGAGCUCCAGCAAGCAAGUCUCCGGCCCAUGGAAGAACAGCUGGGAGAAAUGCCUUGAGAAAGCCAGGGAGCUCAAGGACAUGUCAGAGGCAACAUCUAAGUCUACUCGCUUCUACCUCAACCUUUCACACACUACUACCAUUGUACAACCACAGACAAACUCAACACGACCCCUCACCUCGACACUCAACAUGUUCCGUACCCUUCAGAAGAUCUGCCAGGCCGCCAAAGACCAUUUCCGCAAGUACCGCCAGCAUCUCGACCUCGGUCGUCCGGUGCAAAAACCUCCCCCCCGCGCCAUCCUUAGUGGCCCCCAGCUCGAUCGGAUCAAGGCUGUGAUUGAGAGGGGUAACAUCCAAGCUAACGCCCUCAACAUCCGCGCCCGUACCCUCAUCGACCUUUCCCAUGCUUACCGCCGCGAGAAGGCCCGCUUGACGGCUGAGAUGGAACGCCAGGUUCGCCAGAUGAAUCACCAAUUCUCCUUGGCUGAUCUCAACCACAUCAUUGCCCUCUACCCAGAGGACGACUCGACCCGCGCCGCCGCGGUUGAGUUCCACGACGUCCUCGAGUGGCUCAACAGCAACGAACGCGCUAUGCGUCAAGGCCCUGCCGUCUCUGACGCAGCCUACCACAUGGCCACCUGGAACCACAGCGCCCAUCUCGCCGGGUUCCCCGAUAUGUACCCCAACUCUCUCACCAUCGAGCAACUCGAGGUGGAGGCUGCCAAGGUCGAGGCAACGCUUGAGGCGGUCGAGAACAAAGUGUGGUUGAUGCGCCGCGAGCUGGACAGUAUCGUGGCAGUGGCUAGGUUGGUGAACGGCCUUGGUGGAAGAUGGGAUCCCUUUGCCCAUAUGCUCAAGAAAGAGUUGUACUGACUUUUUCCGGAGCGUCGUGGGGCUUUAUGAUCUGAGCUCUCCUGGGGCAUCAUGGAACAAACUCCACCCUUCCCUUUGUUUGCAGUUUUGCUCGGAUACACGCUGGUUUUGUUCAAGCAACGUUGGAAUUUUGCAAUUGCCAUGGUUUCUUGUGGUCAAAGAGUUCUUUUAGGGACACAACUGGCCUUGACUUUGACUUUGAGGCCUCGCCUCUACUCGCUGGUAUGACCGGCGAUUAAUGAUCGGGAAUGACACGGAUGGGAAAGGGGUUUAGAGGAAAACGUAAAAGGC